CGUACGCAAAAUCAGUCUUAAAAGUACUUGAACAUUUUUGCUUAUAACUUACAAACUAUCUAACCAAUCUGCUAGCGAAUUCCUCUAUUCUCACCUGCACAGUAUUUCUGAUCGAUUGAUACCUCAUACUGCUUUAUACGUUCAGCCGUUUGCCCUGUAGAGCUUGGCAAAGAAUUGACAUAAAUUAGGACGAUUUUUCAAUGUUUGCCGCGGUAUUGGUAAUUUGUAUUCGGCUACAUUUUAGUAUUUUACCGCUACCAAUACCAAUAUUUGUAUUGACCUGCAGGCGCAGGCGCAGCAGCUAUACCGCCGGACGAAUUUUAUUAUUAUUUUAAUUACGACUAUCAACGCCAUCUAUUGUCGAUAAAUGAACUAAAAUUUAGCGCAACGCAAAAUCACGACCAGUGAGCAAUCUAUACUAUAUCUACUACAUUAUACAUUUUAUAUUAUUCUUUCCAUGUCUGGGGAUGUAUGGAAUAUGGAUGUAUGCUAUGACAUGCUUGUUUAUUUAGUCAUGACCAGUCCUGUAUGUACGACGUACGUCGUGGGCGUGGCAGUCAACGUGUUAAAGUUAAUGGCAGUCGUCUUUGAAUAGUGUCAAAUACUUUCAGUUUAAUUGUAUUUCUAUAAAUAAUAUUACGUAUAAAUUUAUCUUUUUUUAAUUUAAUUCAUUUUUUGUAUAAUUAAACGCUCGUUACUGAAUAGUAACACCACUAUGAGCGAAGUAAAUGAAGGCGCUUCAUGUUCUAAAGAUGGAUCGACACAUGCUAAUGAACGUCAAAGUACAAUAAAUAUUGGAGAUACAACAUUUCCAAAUGUUCCGAUGGCUUUUAUGCCCUGCAUAGAAAUCAAACCACAACCUGAUUUAGCUACACAGUAUGUUGAUGAUGGUAAUAUCUUAUUGAAGCAACAUAAUAUAAGCGGAGCUAUUAAUAAGUAUGAUCAGGCAAUUAAAGAGCGUCCUUAUUAUGCGAUUCCUCAUUAUAAUAAACGUAUAGCGCUGUCCAUGCAAAAUGAUAUUCCGAGCAAUACUAUAGCACAUAAAGAGAUAGACACUAAUCUAUUGAUUAAACAAUUCCAAGAUACUAAUUUAGCAAGCAAAGUUGAUCCUUAUUUUGUUAUUAAUAUAAUAGCUGCUGUGCCGGAACGUAGAUUUAGUGUUGAUUCUUCGGAUGAAGAACCCGAUGAAGAAUUUAAUGCGUUAUAUGAGGAUUUAGUAAAUAAUAAUGAUUGGCCCUUUACUACUAAACACAAAAAAACUAUUAAACCUAAGACAGAGUCGAAGAUCCUUGACCUUGAGCCACCGUUUGUAUAUAAAAAUCAAGAUACAGUGACACGGGACGCAGCGGCAGCCAGUACAAAGUACAGGUACCGCAGCGACCGGUCUACGCUUUUGUCAACCGCCACCACGGGCUACAGCGCGACAUCACCAACUCUCCCACCACGCCAAAAGGCACAAGGCGGGACGGGAAGGCGAGUCGCGCCAAGACGAGUACCGGCCGCCGGUAGCUCGCUCUCUCGUACGUCAACCGUCGCAACAACAACUAUCCGGCGUCCUCGCAAUAUAAAUUGUUAUUCACGUCGUAUCGUUCGUUAUUUUGUUUCACGUUUACUAUAUACCAUACUUGUGUAAAAACGUACAAGCGUAGUGUAAUAUAUGCAUAAAAU